CCCCCCCCCCCUUUAUAUUUUGCUCUUUAGCCUCGAUUUAAGGGCAUUAUCACCUACAAAAGUCCGGGGAAAAGGGAAAGAAAAAAAAGCAAGAAAAAUUCGUUCGGUUUCGAGGCAACCGCAUCGGAACCUCUCACGAGCCACACUCAUGUCGAUAUAGACAUUUGAAUUCUAGGGACGUCUGAUAUUUCACCUUGGCGAGACCCGAAAUCCCUAUUAUUCAAGACUUUCCCUCGCCUUUACACCUAGUUUCAAACAACCGAGCCAUAUAAGUAAAGAUGGUUCUCACGCACACGACCAAUCAUACCUAUUCGCACCCAUUCCCGACCGUGACUUUAGCCUUCUUCCUCCGUUACUAUUCGCCACGUCUCAAUCCCUUCUCUAGCCAUGUUCUCUCCACAGACACCAUCUCGUCGCAUGUCGAUCAGGAAACGGGCCGCCUGCACACGACUCGUAUCCAUAUGAAGAAGACCCGCUUGCCCUCCGCCGUAGUAAAGCUCCUUCCUAGCAGCGUUACUGGUGGAGGUGGUGACAAGUCAAGCUAUGUCCUGGAGACUAGCGUUGUGGAUAUCAAAGAGGGCUGGAUGAAGACGGAGAGUCGGAAUCUGAAUUAUACGGGUGUCCUGAGUGUAGUCGAGGAGCAACACUACUCAACCACCUCUCCCGACCAAGCUACGUCAUCCUCGAUCUCUGGUUCUGGAGCUGUAGGAGGCUCUCGUACUCAUACAGCUCACCGACCCCUGGCUCCCAACACCUUUGUUACAACAACCUUCUCCUACAGAUCUACAUUGGGCGGAAAGAAGCACGAAAAGGCUGUGACAGAAUCUACAGAUGGAAGCGACGAGUCUAGCACGCGACGAUUUGGUGACUGGAUUUCGGGAUGGGGUGCCAAGCGGAUCCAGAGCAGUAUCGAAUCCAUCGCUUCGAACAAGACAGACGACCAGAUACUCAAAUCGCGCGACGGGAUGCGCAUCGUCUUAGAACGGCUGCGGAGUAAUGGCGUUGUUGCUGUACUCAGGGAGCUCAGGCGACGAGAGGGAAACGUCUUUGAGCAGUGAACAUGGAUCCGGAUUCUUUUUUCUUGGUUCAGGACUAUACCCGUGUUAUAACACAACUUGUAUAUCCGUUUCUGGUGUUUCAAAUUAGCAAGGCGUUUGGGGAAUUAGCUGGAGGCAGUAAAAGCGAUGGGAGGCUCGUAACGUCUUUUAUGAAUGGUCACAGCAAGAAUCGGAAUAUUCGAAAUAUCAUGAGGAGGGGAGAGAAAGGAGGGGGCGGGGUUGGUAGGCUGGCUUGGAGGUUUGAAGCGCUUACGAUACUAUCCG